GCACUACUUGUCGCGCGCGGCGCCGGGCCGGGCGCACAAAGAGCCCCGCUGAGGGGCGGGGGAGCCCUGAGGGCGCGGGCACACGGCGGGACCCCCGUGGGCAUGGCUGGACAGCGGCGAUCCCAACCUUUCCCAGAGCAGGGCGUGUGCAGGAGUCCCCUCCCCUGUCAGCAAGGGAUUGCUGCUCGGCUGAGAGUGUGACAGCUGCUGAGCAGAAUGAUGGUAUGAAGCAGAAGAACUUGCAGCAACUUCUGAUACACUUACGUUCCAAAGGAAUUGCUAGUCGUCUCGCUGCUUGGGAGGGUCACCUCUACCCCUGUCGUUUCUACUUCCUGCCUUGCCUCCUUGCUGCUCCAAGAGCUUGAUGCAAACCAGCCACCACAGAGAUGGCGUCUCCUUUACCAGCCAAGCAACGCGCAAAAAUGGAUGACAUCGUGGUGGUAGCCCCGGGAACACAAUCCUCACGGAAUGUCAGCAAUGAUCCAGAUGUCAUAAAACUGCAGGAAAUUCCAACUUUCCAGCCCCUUUUGAAAGGGCUCCUCAGCGGGCAGACGUCUCCCACCAGCGCCAGGCUGGAGAAGCUGGACCCGCAGCAGGUGCUGCAGCUGUGCCUGCGCUACCAGGACCAUCUCCACCAGUGCGCAGAGGCCGUCGCCUUCGAUCAGAACGCGCUCGUCAAGCGCAUCAAGGAGAUGGACCUCUCUGUGGAGACCCUCUACGGCUUCAUGCAGGAGCGCCAGAAGAAGUACGCCAAAUACGCGGAGCAGAUCCAGAAGGUCAACGAGAUGUCCGCCAUCCUUCGCCGGAUCCAGAUGGGCAUCGACCAGACGGUGCCGCUGAUGGAGCGGCUGAACAGCAUGCUGCCCGAGAGCGAGCGGCUGGAGCCCUUCAGCAUGAAACCUGAGCGGGAGCUGAAGGCUUAGCUGACCCCGCAGGCUGCCCCUCUCCAUCCUGCGCGCUCUGGAGUCCGGCACGGAUUGCUCCCGACAGGCCACGCUGGCGGGUGUUGGAAGCAGAGGGCGGCGCUGCCCGACUCUGCCGGGGCAUCGGCUGCCAGAGCUGCACAGCCAGGAAUCCAGGAGCUCCCCUGCCCUGCCGUCUGGAGAAGAUGAUUUACGUUUCUUUCAUCUCUCUCCUCUUGCCCUCCUGUCUCCUUUACCGCCUGUGCAGAGACAUUUGUUUCAUUGCUGUGACUUAGUUGGGGUUUACAGAGGAGGAAUUUUCUUUCAUCUUUUUUUUUUUACUAAAAAAAAUUCAAAGGGAUACAGGGUGUGAUGAACCUUCUAAUAUGAUUUUUGUGCCACUGGGGUUUAGACGAUUAGAUGGCUGCAAGGUGUUUCUGACAUCCCCUGGCCUUGGAAAUAUGUGUGUUUUAUAGGUGAAAGUGUGAGAGCCAGGAACUGGCUUAUUAAAAUCUGCCUGUUAUAAUUAACAUGUUUUGCAUGGCAAGGUUUUGGCAUGUCCUUGAGGUUUCUGUUUCUAUGGGCUUGCUAAUUUAUGAGCCUCUAAAGGAAUAACUGUUCUAGAUAUGUCUGUUAGCGUUAAGCAAGCUUUAGUGUUCCUUUCCCCCUUGCCCUGCAAAUGUCCCCAUGCCCCAGCUGGUGGCAUUUCAUGUUCUUCUGACAGGCACUGGUACCAACCUGCUCGCUUUGCAUCCCAAAGUUGGACAUAAGGUGUCUUUUUUGACUGGGACACUCCAGUUCCCUUGGUGCUGUCUUUUCUACCAGAGAGGUGCACUUGCUUCUUUAUCCUCUAGUGUAUUGAGUGGAGAGACACAAGAAGUGCUUUGGGUCUUCACCCUGCGGAGCUGCCACUGUGCAGCACCUCUCUGAGCUUUGGGUUCUCCCUGUGUAAACCAGGGAUGUUUUACAUGCUGCUGUAAAAGUAUUUCUAGGUCUAGAAACAGGGUUUAGCAGCCUGCAUCACCAGGGCAUGGCAGCUCUUGUUGCAGCAGAAAGAGAACGUAACCAGGAGUGAGGAGCCCUUGAUUUGCUGGGCAAGGGAGGUUUGUGUGUAUUUUGCUGGACCCAGGAUGCUGUCGCUGGUGAGGAGGCUGAAGUGCCCAUGAACCCCGAGGGUGGGUUUAUGUCAGGAGUGCAGUUCCAGUUGUGAGGACAGCCCUCUUUGAGAGUCAGGGACAGACCAGCCUCCAGUACGGCACAAGGUGACUUGCCAAAAGGUUUCCUGUGAGCAUUUGGAAAUAAGAAUGCAGUAGCUUUUUGAUUAUAUUAGUUAUUGCCUGGUGGCAAGAAGCAACAGGCUGUUCGUUUGUUGCAUUUCCAAAGGCCAUAUAGUGUAGAGUGAAUUUCGGUGAUGCAGCAAACUGAUGUGCAUCUGAACCACAGGGGUGGUUGGACCCCAGGGCCUGCUGAACACUGUCUGAAAGCAGAGUCCUGUAGAGAUGAAGCCCCCUGGAAUGAUGCCCUGGGAAGGGCAAUUGACUGCUUCAGAGACGGCAAGGAGCUCAGCAGAUUUUUUUAGCCAGGGCAGCAGAGUGGGCCUCCUUGCCUGCUGCUGCCACCCCAGAGGUUUGAACAGUGAUAUGUACAGUGGCAUAGGCUGUGUGUUGCACGGGAUGCAACCUCCUUGUUCAGGCUUCCUGCCAUAUUUUACACUUGCUUUGUUAAAAGCUGACACGAGGCUUAACCCCUGAGAACCUGCUCGUCAUGGCCCUGCCCACACGGGCUGUCACUGUCCGUCAUGGAAUGCGUCUGUGCUUUCUGCCAUCAGACACACAGGAAUACUGAGCUGCUUUAAAUAGCAGCUGCAGCCAUUUUUGUCCUCUUUGUCCAGAUGAUGCUGUCUGGAUGUUUAAAAUGUGCAACGUUCAGCUGUCUGCCAGAUGGGAUCAUUAAUAUCCCACACGCUGGCGUGCUGGGAGCCUGUGCUAGCGGGAAGAUCCUGAUAGUGGAUGUCAAGGCAGGGCCCUUGAGAUGUUCUCUCCUGUGAGAUGCUCUCUCCUGUAAGGUUUCUAGACAUCUGGCCUCAUGCCAUGACGUAUCAGAUCAAAGCACUGCUCCGUGCAGUGCUAAUGAGGGCAAAUGAGUAGUGUUCCCAUCUGAAGGCUGCAGGACUGAGGGCUGCAAAUCAAUUGCUAGAAAACACCUGGGCACUGGGCUGAGAAUGGGAGAGAAUGCUUGUUCCAGGAACACUGGCUGUGCUGCUGGGCCUCAGAGGUAGAGCUUUCAGGCAGCAAGGGCAGACUGUGAAAGGCCUAAUAGCUUAACUGGAAAGAAAUCAGAGCUGAAAGGGGAAAGGAACCUCUUCCAAAGCUCAUAUGUCAUCACCUGCGUUCCACAGGACAGUCUCUUGUAUGGGUGCUGUUCUCAAGCAACAGUUUACAGUUUUAUUUAAAACACUGUCAUGGCCUUCGUUAACUGUGAGUCUUUGGCCCUCUUGCUAGGGGGAGGACAUCUCCUGCCUCAUCUCCUUGAGCUGUUUGUUGCUUUGCUCCUUGUUGGCUUUGCUCUACACGCUGCUUUCAGGUGCAGGUGAUGCUCAGACUGUCGCUUCACUCCCACGCUGCUCAUCAGGAGACUGAGAUGUGACUGAAGUCACCUUUCUGCUUAUGGAUUCCCUUCUCCAAGCCAAACACUCUUGGAGAAGGCCUCAGGUACCUUUCACACAGGUGUAGUGCUGUGAACAGGAUAAUACGGUGUGCUCACUGAAACCAGGCCUUUCCACCCUUUUCUGCUUUCUGAAGGGGUCUGUGGUUUGGGGUACGAGCUAAGCUUCUUGAUAUGCAGUCUUCUGAAAAGCUGGGGAAGAGGGUGAGUCUGUGGUUCCCUGCUGGCCUGAAGUGCUCUGGUCCUUCCCCUGACUGCUGUUGUGCUGCCACUGGUGUUGGUUGCAUCCCACGCUGGUCCGUGUGCUACCUGUGCAGAAGAGGUUUGCUUUGUUCUUUCUGUUUUUGUAACUGAAUGCAUUGACAGGGUGCUAAAGUGCCAACCUAUCUGCAGGGCAAUUUCUGUGAAGAUCUGGUGAAGGGGACAGAAAAGAGUUUUCGGGGUUUUUUUUAAGUAAAUGUAUUUUAAAUUAAAUAUAUUUAAAUAUAUUUAAAUA